AUGAGGAUCUUCGGGAAGUUGGUGCUCGUGAUUCUUCUCUCUCAAGAGUGGAGAACUUCUGACGCAGUAGGCAUGAAGAUCUUAAAACUGUGCAUCUCUCAGAAGACGUGUGAGAGUUGUCUUCAGGCAAGCUCCUCCUGUGCUUGGUGCAGCGACUGGUCUUACUCGAACUCUACGCUGGGAAGACCGCGAUGCAACGUGCCAGAGAGAUUGGAGCUAUUCGGUUGUCCAACAGAGGAGAUUCGUACCACUUCUUCAGGAUCAAAGGAGGUUUUGGAAAACUCGAACUUUCAGGAUAUGGCAGCAGGACGAACACCCAUUCAACUGAGGCCGCAGAGAAUUAAAGUCAAGAUCUCCUCCCACUCUAAGAUCAUGAUUCCCAUUCAUUAUCGACUGGCCAAAAACUAUCCACUGGAUUUGUAUUACUUGAUGGACCUAACAUGGUCAAUGAAGGAUGACAAGGACACUCUGGUCAGCUUAGGAUGGAACAUGAGCAAUACUUUUGGCAAGAUUACCAAUGAUUUUCGUCUAGGAUUCGGCAGCUACGCUGACAAACCACUUAUGCCAAUGACCUUUCCUGGACAUGAAGAUAAUCCUUGUAGAAGCGAGCAUGCUGUUUGUUCACCACUUUACUCUUACUGGCACCACUUGAGACUGACCUAUGAUACUGAACAAUUCAUCAAAGAAGUGAAUAAUAGUUUGGUUACCGGCAACGUGGAUAAUUUAGAAGGAGCACUGGAUGGUCUGAUGCAAUCUAUUCUCUGCACAGAUGAAGUCGGUUGGGCGCCACAGGCGAGGAAGAUUAUUCUGGUGGCUACUGAUGGACGUUUGCACUUCGCUGGUGAUGGAAAGCUAGGCGGUGUUGUGAAGCGUCCAGACUUCAAGUGCCACCUCGAUGAGCGAAAACAGUACUCUCAAGCCACGAAUUUCGAUUAUCCCUCGCUUGCAGAAUUAUCAAGACUAUUACAGAAGCGUAAAAUUAACUUGAUAUUCGCGGUGACCGAGGAUCGACGCCUUGAAUAUGAGCUAACGGCAGCGUUGCUGCAAGAGAAAGCGCGUGUUGCUACUUUAUCCAGCGACAGCUCUAAUAUUCUGGAGAUUAUCGAAAACUCUUAUCAUCAGAUCACUUCAAAAGUAAUCUUACGCGAUAACUCGUCCAGUCCAUUACGCGUGGAGUACUUUUCUAACUGCACUAGGAAAGAUACUUCUGAGCAUAACAACUCAGAGUGCGACGACAUUCAGGAGGGUCAGGUGUACGACUUCAAUGUGGUUCUAUCCAUUGAUAAAUGUCCAGCAGAUGAGAACCAAUGGAAACAAACUGUUGUGAUCGAGGAUGCAUUAGCCUCUGAAGUAUCCAAAGUAGUAAUCGACGUAGAUCUUAUAUGCGGUUGCAACUGCAAAGAUUCUGAAGAUUCUCACUGCGAGCACGGGACGAACGAAUGUGGGUUGUGCAAGUGUAAUUUCGGCUGGUCUGGUGAAACAUGCAAAUGUGAUGAAAGUUCUCUCGUGAAUAACGUGUUGCAGUGCAUGGAACGUAAUUCGACAAAAAUUUGCUCCGAAAGGGGUGAGUGUGUCUGUGGAAAGUGCUUUUGCGACGAAGGGUACAAAGGGCAGUUUUGUGAGUGCACAGAUUGUGAUAAGAUCGAUGGAAUCGAGUGUUCGAAUCAAGGCACUUGUCAGUGUGGCGUCUGCCAGUGCAUAGAGGGUUGGCAAGGGAAUGCUUGUCAGUGUCCAUCGACUGAUGAUCUCUGUAUCGCGCCCGGAACUGAAGAAGUUUGCUCUGGUCAUGGAUAUUGUGAUUGUGGAGAGUGUCGGUGCAACGUUACUGCGCUAGACGAACUGUAUUAUCGAGGUACCUACUGUGAAUCAACGAUCAGUACCGGUGGUAGUGGCCUCUGCGUUCUUUAUAAUUCAUGCGCCAAUGCAACGAUAAAUGAACCAGAUAGGGUGAACGAGUUCUGUCAAACGAAUGUCACUACUUAUAAAACUGAAAUAGUGAAGUCUGUUGACGCAGCAAACGAGCAUUAUUGCAUUGCGGUGUCGGUGAAAGAGAAAACUAUCUGUCACAUACCGUACGUAUACGAAUUCCAGAAGAACAAUACCGUCACUUUGAAGAUCGGGGAUAAGAUAUGUAAAAUUCAAAUAAAUACAGCAACCAUUUCAUUUACGAUAAUAUUUGGAGCAGUUUUCAUUAUCCUGGUCACAUGUUUACUGAUUUGGAAGUGUUGGACCUCUAUACAAGACAAGAGGGAGUACGAGAAGUUCAUACUGGAGCAAAAGAAAACUGUGUUCAGUCUGAAUGAUAAUCCUCUGUUCAAGCCUGCCACAAGCCGAUUCACGGUUCCGCCGAUGUAUAAAGAGGACUGAGAAAUUUAAU